AUGCAGAAGAGCACCAAGAUAAAGAUUGCCAUCUUCGUGCUGCUGGUUGGUAUGGGUUGCAUGUUAACGGCGGUGGUAACAGACCACUGGGCAGUGCUCAACCAUGAGGUGACAAAAGUCAACACGACCUGCGAGGCGGCCCACUUUGGCCUCUGGAGGCUAUGCAAAAAGGUGAUCUACAUGUCCUCUGAACACAGUGUGAAUAGGCAAGGCUGCGGACCCAUUACUCUGCCCGGAGUGGAAAACUGCACUUACUUCAGGCACUUCACUCCAGGACAGGAUGAGGAGAUAUUUGAAUACAAAACACAAAAAGAGUACAACAUCUCUGCUGCAGCCAUCUCCAUCUUCAGUGUGGCCUUCAUGAUCCUGGGGUCUCUGUGUUUGAUAGUAUCAUAUACCACUACAAACAAAGGCAAACAAAGAGACUACCUCCUCAAACCUGCUGGCAUGUUUUAUGCAUUUUCAGGUCUCUGUGCCUUUAUCUCACUGGAGAUGAUGCGCCAAUCAGUCAAACGAAUGAUCGAGAGCGAGGACACGCAGUGGGUCGAAUAUUACUACUCCUGGUCCUUUGCUUGUGCCUGUGCUGGUUUUGUUCUUCUCCUUCUCACUGGCUUUGCCCUCCUGAUCCUCUCGAUGCCCCAGAUGCCCAGGAAUCCAUGGGAGACUUGCAUGGACGCCGAGCCAGAGCAAGCAGAGUGAUAGCUAAAUGGACAGAUGGAUGCAGGAUGAGAGCGAUUAAAUCUUUUCUUUUGAGUACAGAUGUUAGAUUAAUUUCAAGAACAAGACCUGGCCAUAACAGGGUAAGGUCACGAUGACAGAAACCGGCUCUGGUAGAUCGAUAUAGAUUGAUAGAAAAUAAAACCCAACUUUAAUUGUUCAUCUUUCUGCAGUAUGUAGGAAUCAGAGGCAAGAGAGCAGACUUGAAGG